UUUGACAACAGAUGGGCGAUGAUGAGGAACCUCAAAUUGAGGAGCGCGCCGUUUGGGGCCACUGGGGCUCAUCAGCAAGGAGGCAGAGUCAAUAGCGCGUGCAGGCCUACAGUGUUCUUCCGUGCUGCUCUGCUGUAUGUGUGCAGUCAGCUAGGUGUAGCGUGCUUACGUAUGCGUCAGUAAUUUCCAGACAACUUCAAGUCGGCUGUGCGUAAAACUCCAAGAAGUGGGGGUUUGUAUAAGUUUGUACUGUUGGCCUAUUUGGCACACGGGUUAUCAAAACAUAUUUUUACGUUGGCCUGUGAAUUUAGAUGCCUCUCGUAUCUACGUACUUACAAGUCCCGUAGGACAAUUUGGAAACGACUAAAGCCGCUUGAUCUUGAACCAUCGACAUGUUCACGCGCGGAUCUAAAAAGCGACGGUCGAAUCGCUUGGAAGAGGAAGACCCAGACCGAGGACAACCAUGUAUGAGAUGCGGAGACCAGUGUCCAGGCUUUCGUAUGCAUGGCUGGAGGAAGAUCUGUGUCCACUGUAAAUGUGUCCGUGAGGAGCAUGCAGUCCGGGCGGUUCCGGGUCAGCUGGAGAGGAUGAUGAUGAAGAUGGUUUCAGACUUUCAGAGACACUCCAUCUCAGACGACGACUCUGGCUGUGCCUCCGAGGAGUACGCCUGGGUCCCGCCCGGACUGAAACCUGAACAGGUGUAUCAGUAUUUCAGCUGUAUCCCGGAGGACAGAGUGCCUUAUGCUAACAGCCCAGGGGAGAGGUAUCGCAUCAAACAGCUCCUCCACCAGCUUCCAGCCCACGACAGUGAGCCUCAAUACUGUAACCACCUGGACGAGGAGGAGAAGAAGGAGCUGCGUCUCUUCAGUCAGCAGAGGAAGAGGGAGAACCUGGGCAGAGGCAUGGUCAGACUGUUCCCUGUCACCAUGACUGGAGCCAUCUGCCAACAGUGUGGCAGACAGAUCUGUGGCGGAGACAUAGCGGUGUUUGCCAGCCGGGCAGGUCACGGCAGCUGCUGGCACCCUCAGUGUUUUGAGUGUGCUUCCUGUGGCGAGCUGCUGGUGGACCUCAUCUACUUCUACCAGGACGGACAGAUUUACUGUGGCAGGCACCACGCUGAGAGGAUCAAACCUCGCUGCCAGGCCUGUGAUGAGAUCAUUCUGGCGGAUGAGUGUACAGAGGCGGAGGGCCGUCACUGGCACAUGAAGCACUUCUGCUGUUUUGAGUGUGAGGCGGCGUUGGGGGGGCAGCGCUACAUCAUGAGGGAGAGCCGGCCCUACUGCUGCUCCUGCUAUGAGUCCUUCUACGCUGAGUACUGUGACACCUGUGGGGAGCACAUAGGUAUAGACCAGGGGCAGAUGACCUAUGAAGGCCAGCACUGGCACGCUGCCGAGUCCUGCUUCUGCUGUGCCCGCUGUCGGCUCCCCCUGCUGGGGCGUCCCUUCCUCCCGCGCGGGGGCCUCAUCUUCUGCUCCAGGCCCUGCUCCCUGGGGGAGGACCCAGAUAACUCGGACUCGUGUGACUCAGCUCUCCAGAGCCGGCAUCCGCACACAAGACGUUGUGAGACAGCUGAGAAGGCCCAGAAGCAGCAGCGCUGCACCGCACAGCCGCCACCAGAGGGAGCCAGCAACCCUUUUUUUCAGGGACAAGACUACAUUCACUCUACAAUGGGAGAUAGAGGUGUUCACAUCUCUUCUACUGUUCUAAAUGAAGCUCCCCCAACACUCAACGGUCAUCCUAACCUCAGAGGGUCCUACUCUCCGCUUCCCCACUGUCAGUUAGCCAAUGGUUGGGCACCUUCUUGGCCUGUCGACCAGUCACUCAGUAGUUUACACCCCGGAGACUCCGGCAAGCAGCCGGCCAGUAGUCUGGAGUGUAAAGGAGAGCUCAACGGCCAUGCUAGACAUCCUGUCACUAGUUUCAGUAGAGGAACGUCUACUGCAAAAGACUGUGGGAACUGGGUGGAGAGGACUAGUCAAGGUAUGCAAGUGUUUCCUCCCCCGAGGAACUUCUCGUUGCCUCCAUUACUAAACACCUCCAGUACUGUUGACCCUCAGCCCCUCCCUCCCUCUCCCCCCACCAAAUCCCAGGAUGUGACCAGCAGGCCGAGCCUGCCCCAACCAGAUCCCAGCCCCCCUGACCUUAGCCCCCAGCCAGGCCGGAGCGGGAUACCCAGGGUCAGCUUCCGAGAGCCAAUCAGUUGCAGCUACUCUGUGGAUGAAGAUGAGGAGGAGGAGGAAGAGGAGGAGGAUGAAGAUAGACGAGAUGGGGAUGAAGAACAUGCAGAGGGGGAGGAAGAAGAUGGAGGUUUUGGAUGCAGGUUACAUAUGCAAAAGGGCAUUCCACCUCAAAUGGACCUGCUGGAUGGUUCCUACCAACAUCGCAGUUUACGGCGCGGGUGGAACCGUGGCCGUGUGCCCUCCCACUCUACUCUCCACCCUGGCACAGAGACACGCUUUCGUCACUCUCGUUCUGACCGGCCCCAUCUGGACGCUCUAGAAUGGAGAGGAGGGAGGGAGAGGACGUCCCUCUCGUCCCCAGGCAGCUUAGAGCCACCGUCACUCAGCCUCCAGCCGGCACAGGACAAUAAACACGAGGACUCCUGCUCCACAUGCUCCUCCUCCUCAGACUCUGAGGAGGAGGGUUACUUCCUGGGACAGCCCAUUCCCCUCCCACCCCAGCUAACCCGAAGGCCAAGGUCUGUGGAUGGAGAGCGGGAGGGCGAGGGGGAUGAAGACCGAGAAGGAGAGAAGCGCAUGGGGUUGAGAAACAGCCUGAGAAGAAGGAGGGCAAAUAGCCUUGGUGCAAAGGACAAAGACAAAAACUGUGCCAUCUCCUAACUUUGACCCUCACAGAGGAAGUUCUGUUUUCAACACAUUAAAAACCAGUGCCCUGUAUCACAAAAAUAAAUCUGUAGCAUGAAUUAGAAUUUCUUUGAAAAAUGAGAAUCACAACACUAAUUUACUGAAUAAUUUAAAGACAGCCUGAACUGAGACACUGAAACACAGACAUGUUGUUUUGUGUUUGUAAAUUGUUUCGGCCACUAUUUUGCACAGCAGAAUGAAAUAAGCAUCUGUCUAGGACGUUCUGGAAGCUUCUCAAAGACAACGUUACUGUGAGCCCUUAGUGCAUGUUAAGAACAAGCAGGAUGUUCUCUAGGAGCUCUUACAUUCCAGUAUACAUGUAAGCAUUUGUUGUCAAGUUAUUGUGACUGAUCAUUGUAUUUUUAAACAAGACCAUAUAUAAGAGGACUUAAGAAUCAGCUGUUCUUUGGCCCUUUUUCAAAUUCAACAUACUGAAAGUUUUUUUAGCAAGAGGGGUAGUGGUUUUUCUCAACCACAUCAUUCCACCAAGCCAAUGUAGAUAUAAAGGUUAUGCUUUUAGCCAAUGGUUGGUCACCAUCCUUCUAUUUUCCUCAUUGGCAUUGUUACCAUUAUUAACCUCUGGGACAAGAAGGAGUACCAAAAAGUGUGUCAGUGCUUUGUACACAAUGACGUGGGCUGAAUGUUGGUUUGUGCAGUGUGUUUUUAUGUAUCUUCUAGAGGUUUCCAUCUUGAUAUAUAGCAUCCCUAGGUGAUUGUAUGAUAUGUUCAGAAAAAGAAAUGUGUAUAUUUUUAGAUCUGUUUUAUUACUUUUAAGUCCUGUUAAUAUUUUUUAUACUCUUGGGUGCUGGUUCCUGUUUUUCAGUGUUUUUCUUUUGUUAAAUAUAAAACACUAUUCAAUCAAAUUUUCACCUUUCUGAAACUACUAGAAAAAAAGUUUCAUAAAUUCCUUAAUAGGAUAAAUA